AUAAAACUCAUUUGUACUUUUAUUGUGCUCUCUAUCUUAACUCAUUUCAGCCACAAAAAUUGCUUCUUGCACUGCUUUUUUCUGAUUCUAGGGUUUUGUGUGUGUGUUUUCACUGUCCCUUCUUCUUCAAUUUCACUGUAAACUCUUAAAGCUUUCACUUUUAACCCUUUUUCUUUUACAUUUCAUAAACCCUAAUUCAUACCUGGUUCUGCUUGAAAUGGGAUUACAAAACGGUGGUGGGUGUAGCAGAUCUUGGGAAGAAGAUAUUUAUUGGACCCAUUUUCAAUUCAUUCAUUUCACUCAAUUUCUUCGCUCCAAUGAUUUUGAUCAACAAUUGGCUCUUCCCAAAACAUUUUCAAACAAUGUCAAAAAGAAGCUGCCUGAAAAUGUGGUCCUAAAAGGUCCUGGUGGAGUGACAUGGAAUAUAGGGCUAACAAGUAGAGACGGUACAUUUUACUUCACGCAAGGGUGGGAACAAUUUGUUAAAGACCACUCUUUGAAAGAGAACGACUUCCUGUUCUUUAAGUACAAUGGUGAAUCGUUGUUUGAGGUUUUAAUAUUUGAUGGCAAGAGUUUCUGUGAGAAGGCGGCAGCUUAUUUUGUUCGGAAAUGUGGGCAUGCUGAGGCUGCCGCCCAAACUGAACAAGGGGGCGGAUGUUCUAGCAAGGGAAGAGAGACAAACAAUUCUGUGGAUGAAGUCAAUACUCCUUCUAAUGGUGUUGAUGAAGGUGUUUCACAUGAAAAAUCUUUGCAUCUUAACAGUAUCCGAGUGCCAUUUGCCGUACCUUCUGAAACUACUAAUGGAAAGACUUCUAAUGCUGCUGUUGAAUCUGCCACCCCUGAGCAAUUAAUGUCUGAUGCAGCAGUCACUGAGACUGAGCCAACAGCUGUUCCCUCCCAAACAACUGGUAAACGGACGAGGAGGCCUGUUUAUGCUGUUCCGUCUGUCCCGAGUAAGAAGAGAGGAAGACCACCACGAACGUCUAAUUCUCAAGAGAAAGCUCUUAAUUGGGUGACUGAUGCUGGACCUGCCCCAGCGUCUCCAAAGGGUUCUCCAAAGACGCAGGAACUAUAUACCUCAAAUAGAAGGCCUGUCACAAAAGAUGAGAUUGAAAAAACUCUUCAGGUGGCUCAGGCAGCGUGUACCGAGGAAAGCUUGCUUGUAACUAUGCGACCUUCACAUGUAUACAAGAGAUUCUUCGUGUCAUUCCCUAACAAGUGGAUACUAAACCACCUUGCUCCUUCGUCUCAAGAUGUGAUAUUACGCAUGGGUAAGAAUGAAUGGCUUGGGAAAUACUGCUAUCAUAAUAUUCGCAACAAUGGAGGACUUACUGGUGGGUGGAAGUAUUUUGCGCUCGACAACAACCUUGAAGAGUUUGAUGUGUGUUUGUUCAAACCAGCUGGUCAUUUGCAUGACAUAUUGAUCUUAGAAAUGAGCAUUUUUAGAGUUGUUGAGGAGAUUACUCCUCUUACUGCGGUGCAUUCUCCAGGAAAGAAGAGGGGAUUGAGUUCUACAGGAAAGAAGAGGGGAGUCAAGAGAACACUGACCAGUGCUGCCCAAACAGAACUUGAGGCCAUUGAAGGAGCUGAGACAGACGACCAGGGACUGCAACAAGCUGAUGAUGAUGAACUCUUAUCUCAAAUACGGGCCAAAAGGAACAUAGUAAAAUCAUCCAAGUAUCUCAAGGAUUAUGUGAUACCAAAGAAGAAAACCAGCUUAGAUCUAGAAGGCACCUCUGCUAGCUGAGUCAGCAUCGCAUCAGUGGGAAUUACUAAGAAAUGUAUCUGUUAGUGAUAGAAUGUAUUAUCCAAAUUCUUUAGAGGAUAUGUUAUUAUAUUUGUAACCUUUUGUCUAAUGACUAAAGCAUGGAAGAAUAUUUAGUGUUUGUAGACUUUAGUUAGUAUAAUUCCUGUUAUUUUACUGCUUUGUAUUCUUAUGGUACAAAAUACAAAAUUCAUAAUAAUUUAUGCUCUCGUUGAAUA